AAUCUGCUCCUAAUCCUAUUAGUUAGUCCUCCCGAUCCACAUUUUUGCACAACAUCCCGAUGGAAGUCUGUAUGGUCAUUCAUGCCCCUGCAUCUCCAUCCGGCGCCUCUGCUGAACCACAAAAUUCCCCCGGCCACCGCGACUCUUCCCCAAAAUGCUCGAUAGAGAUGCACUUGAUGGAGCAACCAGAUUCCAUGGUUGAGUUUGCUCACCAUACUACGGAUGAAGAGAACAAGAACGUGCAAGGAGACAACAUGGUUGAGUUUGUUCCAGAUACAAUUAAUCAGGAGGCAAAAGAGUCUCCUGAUGAAGAACGGAGCAGCGAUGUCUCAAUAACCGAUGUCGAUGAAGACUCUAUUGAGUACCUGCAUAGGCAAGUUGUUGAAGACUCCGAGGAAGAAGACAAGCAAGAUGAAGUAUACCAGAAGGUCAGGAAGGAAUUUAAUGAAAGACGUGCUAGUGAUGCUGCAUUGAGGAGGGAAGCAAGAGCCAGGAAUGCAUCUAGGCAUAAGAGUAAUCUGAACAAAAUACGUAGAGACUUUUUGAGAAUUUAUAUUCCUGACUACUACAAGAUCACGGAAAAAUAA